CGCGGGUCCGGAUCAGGAGAACCUGUACUCUCUCGAGUUGCAGAUACAGCACGGACCCUUUCCGCAAACUGGUGCUGUCAUACUUCGAAGCCUAUGACUCUGGAUCUGACUCUGAACCUGUACCUGACAUGUUUUACAGAGAUUUUAGCGAAUACAGAGAAGAUGCGUCUGGGUGUAUAGUUAUGUGAAAACAAAGUAAGUGCCCAACGUAGUCUAAUAGUAGUUCUGAAAGGUUUAUUGGAAGCAGGGAAGUAUUUGUCUUAAGUUUUGGCAUCUUCAAGAGAAGCAUUUAUACUAGGCGC